AUGCGCUUCUCAAUCCUCUCCGUUGCUUUACUGGCGGGAAAUGCCAUUGCUGCACGAGGCAAGCCUUGUUCUGAAAGUGGACAAGGCGGACAGACUAGAUCUGUUCCCCAAGUCUCGCAUACUCCAGUCUCAAACCACCACUCUCGACGACCAACAAGUGCAGUAACGAGGACACCUUCCAUCCCAACUCCCAGUUCUCAGCCAAUCCGCCCUUCGAGCCAGUUUACUCCUCCCGGUUCCGUUCAGUGGCCAACGGAUAUCAUCGAAAUCCCCACUGUAUCCACGCCGGUCGUCCUACCAACAACACUUCAGACCAUCGUAUCGUCGGUUGUCGUUACUGCCACCUCCUCAGCUCCUGCCGCUACUUCAUCCGCCGCUUCUUCUCCAGGAUCCUCCACUCUUACAGCUGAUGAGCAGGCCGCCCUCGACGCACACAACGACGCCCGAGCUGAAGUUGGCAACGCUGAUCUCGUGUGGGAUACCGGUCUUGUCGCCGAUGCCCAGGAGUGGGCCGAUCAUCUCGCUAGCCUCGGUAGCCUCGAGCAUUCGAGCGUCUCGGACCAGGGCGAGUGUCUGUUCCAGACAUACACGGGCUCAACGCCCUACACGGAUGCUGUUAAGGCUUUCGUUUCCGAGAAGAGCAGCUACAAUGGAGAAGUAAUCGACUCGUCGAACUACCUGACCUUUGGCCAUUACACCCAGGUUAUUUGGAAGAGCACGACCAAGGUCGGCAUGGCCAAGGCCUCGGGAAGCGAUGGCUCGGUUUAUGUUGUUGCCCGCUACUCCCCACCUGGAAACUACAUCGGAGAGAAGCCGUACUAA